CAGUGCCGCUGAGGCCUUGCACGCCCAGGGUCCGAGGCUGGCCGCCGGCGCUUGGUCUGCGUCCGGCGGACCGGUCCGCACAGAGUUCUUAGGCCCUUCCGGAGGGGAGGGGGCUGGGCAGGGCGUGUGUAGCGCCUUCCGGACCUCAAACAGGCUUGCGGUGUCCUCCGUGCCCCUGGGACUGGGUUCGCGCUUUGUCCGUGGGCGCCGGUGCCCUCCCCCCCAGGCCCGCCCACCGCACGGUGCGGCCAGUGGGCGGAACGGUGACCGCGCCUGCAGGGGCGGGAGUGCGGUGACCUCAUCCCGGUAACGCGGGGCUUCCCGCGGAGGUCCAGGGCCUGGGAUGGGCAGCCCUGCCCCGCCGGUCAGGGCUAUUUCUGGCCGGGCUUAUCUCUCACGCCCGUCCUUUCCCUGGGGAUUCAAAUUCAAGUUCACCAGACAGCCCUGGGAAGAGGGGCGACUUCUCGGUGUUCUUCUGGAGUCCAGGCCUUGUUUGGCAAGGUCUGGUCAAGGAGGGGACAGUCCUGUGACCUGUCAGGUGCCCCUCGCCCGGGAUCCUGGGGAAUUUCCACCCACCUGCCUGAGGAGCCCUCCACAGUCAGCUGUCAGGGUCCUGGUGUUGCAGGCGGUCUGAUCCCCUUUCCACAUCCCAGCCCAGGAUGGGGGAGUUCAACGAGAAGACGACCUGUGGCACGGUCUGUCUCAAGUACCUGCUGUUCACCUUCAACUGCUGCUUCUGGCUGGCUGGCCUGUCUGUCAUGGCAGUAGGCAUCUGGACGCUAGCCCUCAAGAGCGACUACAUUAGCCUGCUGGCCUCAAGCACCUACCUGGCUACAGCCUACAUCCUGGUGGUGGCUGGUGUUGUUGUCAUGGUGACAGGAGUCCUAGGCUGUUGUGCCACCUUCAAGGAGCGGCGGAACUUGCUGCGCUUGGUUCCUGCCCUCCAGUAUUUCAUCCUGCUCCUCCUCAUCUUCCUGCUGGAGAUCAUUGCGGGAGUCCUGGCCUACGUCUACUACCAGCAGCUAAACACGGAGCUCAAGGAGAAUCUAAAGGACACCAUGACCAAGCGGUACCACCAGCCAGGCCAUGAGGGUGUGACCAGUGCAGUGGACAAGCUACAGCAGGAGUUUCACUGCUGUGGCAGCAACAACUCUCAGGACUGGCGGGAUAGCGAGUGGGUCCGCUCUGGCCAGGCAGGCAAGCGCGUGGUCCCCGACAGCUGCUGCAAGACUGUGGUGCCUGACUGCGGGAGGCGGGACCAUGCCUCCAACAUCUACAAGGUGGAGGGUGGCUGCAUCACCAAGCUGGAAACGUUCAUCCAGGACCACCUGAGGGUCAUCGGGGCUGUGGGCAUCGGCAUUGCCUGUGUUCAGGUCUUUGGCAUGAUUUUUACUUGCUGCUUAUACCGGAGCCUCAAGCUGGAGCACUACUGAGCCCUGGGACCUGGCCCAUGUCCCACAUCUGACUACUGAACUGAGACUGCUGAUGGCCAGAGCGACAGCCCUGUCUGUGCUCCCUAUGCUGACCCUGAAGGGGGCUCCAAGUGCCUUUCACUGUACACCACAAAGUCCCGAGGCCAUUCCCACCCCAGCACCGCAUCAGAUGGCCCAGAUCUGGCUAGUGGGUGGGGGCUAGUUCUGCCAAUCAGGUGCCCCCUCAUGUCUCUAGUCAGGGCUGUCUGGACACCCCUUAUGUGGCAAUGGCAGGAGGGGCCACCUGUGCCUGCCUAGCUCCUGGAGCUAUGCAGUCUUACCUCACCUGGGUACAGCCUCUGGCCUCUCCAUAAGGCUCAGCUGCCUAAUGGCUGGAACCCCGGGGUUGUUUCAUGUUUUAAAACUGUUUGCUCCCAUGCCUUCUAUCAUCAUAUAUACUGACACAUGUCCCUAUAGUCUCCUCAUUAGCAUCC